UGCAACAAAGUAUUUAGCAAUGACGCCAUCUAAGCUGGAAGAUCAUUUAAGAAGAUGUCAUCCAGAUAAAUUAGAUAAAGAUUUGAAAUAUUUUCAAACUCUCAAAGAGAAUCUUCAGAAGAGAUCCACGCUGGACAAAAUGUUCACUUUGACGUCACAAAGAAAUGAUGGUGGUUUUCGAGCGUCUUAUAAUAUCUCGCUACUUAUAGCAAAAUCCGGAAAACCGCAUACCAUUGGAGAGCAGUUAAUUUUGCCAGCCGUUGAAGAGGUUAUAAAGACUGUUUUACACAAACCUGCGUUUGAUAUCAUAAAGAAAAUACCCUUAAGCAACAAUUCUGUUCAAAGACGCAUUGAUGAAAUGAGUGAUGAUAUUGAAAACUUCCUAUGUAAAUAUUUGCAAACGACCCAUUUCUCUAUACAACUGGACGAGUCAACUUUACCUGGAAAUGAAGCAUUAUUACUACCGAUGGAGCACCUGCCAUGGUUGGUCGAUAUCGUGGAUUUAUAAGCUUUUUAAAAGAAAGCGUACCCGGGGUAUUAGCAGUACAUUGCGUCAUCCAUAGACAACACCUAGUUGCUAAAAAUUUGAAUGAAAGAUUGCAUGAAUCUCUGCAAUUUGUCAUUGACGCAGUAAACCGAAUCCGCAGCAAUGCGUUGAAUACGCGAUUAUUUGCGCAGUUGUGUGAAGAUAACGACGAGAACUUCCACCAAUUACUUCUUCACACUAAUGUGCGUUGGCUGUCGAAAGGUUUAUGCUUGGUAAGAUUUUUUGCACUUUUUGAAACUGUUCUAGAGUUUCUCGAUGGUAGAUAUGAAAAUUUAAAAGAAAGUUUAUUAAAAAGAAAAACGGACAUCGCGUAUUUGACCGAUUUAUUUGCUAAAUUUAAUACGAUGAAUUUGCAGUUGCAAGGUGACAGUUUAAAUUUGAUUAAGACAAAGUCGGUCAUUUCAGCGUUUCUUGCCAGAAUUAAAAUGAUGAAGCAAAACAUUGGACGGAACGAAUUUUCACAAUUUCCCAA